UCAGCUCAGGAGGAAGAUGAAAGAUAGUGUCGCUGAAGAACAUUUGUAUUUGAGUUUUUCUCAUCAGUACGGAGAUAGUAUCUUUCCUCUUCACACAUCUAUUUCACUGUUUUUGAUAUCCUACUGUGACUGCAAAUUAUUCAAAAUUUUCUUAGUGCCAACUGGUGAAAAUGCAGAUGAUCAGUUUGUCACAAAAAACCUCCUUGGCGAUCUUGAGGUCCAUUUAAUCUCCAGAUGUCAGCUUCCAGUGGUUGUGCAGAGCUGCUGUUUACCUGCUGUUGUUGUGAAAGAUGGCAAGUUCUGCCGAGCUGGGCUUUCUGUUGUCUUAAGGCAUAUCAUACAGAAAACAUAUGAGGCAGAUCCAGCUAAAAAGAAUGUUUUGGAACUCUUAGGCUUUAAGAAGACCUGCUUAAAAGCCUGUGCUGAAGUUAGCCAGUGGACCAGACUUUGUGAGAUCAGCAUACCGCUGGCUGUUGAAGGAUUUUUAACGGCGCCUCCUGAGCACUGUCAGACUAUUCCUCCUGACAUUUUACAGCUUGAAAGGAAGCUUGGAGAACCUGUCCACGUACAUAAUGAUGACAAAAUUCGAAGGCAGAAACUUCAACAACAGAAGGCAGGUGCCAAGGCUGCAGUGCCUGUACUUGGUAAAGAAGCAACAGAGGAAGGAAAAACAGUGGAAAUGCAGGAACAUCCACUCCCAAGUUUGGAACUGAGUAUAGCUUUCUCCAAGCUGCUUGUCCAGGAAGUAUCAGAUGCAGUCAACAGGGAGGCCCCUAACAUCAGGAGAAUAAAAACCUCUGACCUUCCGCUUUUGGAGCGUGUUUUUGCAGAAGGCCUUUAUUUUACCUUGGCAGAUAUAGUGCUUUUGCCAUGCAUCCAUCAGUUCUUGGUAAGAUGGCAAGUUUCCAGCAAAAAACAAGGCAAAAAUCUGGUCAAUUUACCUCUGAUAUGCAGUUGGUAUCGAAGAGUUCAAGAAGUACCUGGAGUGAAGAAAGCAGCUGGCAAAUGCAAUAUGGAGCUUGUCCCGCUGCCAGAGAUGAUGUCUGCUCCAGAGGAACAGCUACAAGACAUCUCUUCAGUUCCUGAUGAAUUAGAAAAGGAGAAUGAAGACAAUCAUUUUAUAGGCGGUCCAAGGCCAACUAUGACAAAGUUAAUGGAAAAUGGCAUUGAAGCAAGGUUUUCUCCUCAUCCGUGCCCCAGCUGGACCCUAGACUGGACCAAUCUACCAGCUGCAGUCAGUCCUGGAGAAGGUAAGGUUUCCUCUAAAAGGUCUUGCACAUACUGCGAGACA